UAAUCUAGGGUUUUCUUGGCUUUCAUAAUAUAAGUGCCCGCCGCUGCGAAAUGAAUUAGGGUUUCAGCUGCUUCAACCUCUCUCCAGAUUUAGUGUCGGAAGGAUCGUUCAGAAGCAAUGUCUCCGGCUAAAGUUGAUACCACUAAGAAGGCCGACCCAAAGGCCAAGGCCUUGAAGGCUGCGAAGGCAGUGAAGUCUGGCCAAGCCUUCAAGAAGAAGGACAAGAAGAUCAGGACAAAGGUCACCUUCCACAGGCCGAAGACCUUGACCAAGGCUAGAGACCCCAAGUACCCGAGAAUCAGUGCUACUCCAAGGAACAAGUUGGACCAUUACGGUAUCCUCAAGUACCCACUCACCACUGAGUCUGCGAUGAAGAAGAUCGAGGACAACAACACUCUUGUCUUCAUUGUUGACAUUCGUGCCGAUAAGAAGAAGAUCAAAGAUGCUGUUAAGAAAAUGUACGACAUUCAGACCAAGAAAGUUAACACCCUCAUCAGGCCUGAUGGAACGAAGAAGGCUUACGUUAGGCUUACACCGGACUAUGAUGCUUUGGAUGUUGCUAACAAGAUUGGCAUCAUCUAAGUUUUAUCUACCUCUCUCUACUAUUGUGAAACAGUGUUUUUGUCACUUUCUUGUAGACUCCAGUUUUGCAUUGAGAUAUUUAUUAUCUACCAUCGUCGUUUAAUGUUGAAUUCAAGUUCUAUGUUUCUUUUGCUU